UUCACUUUUUGUCCCCGACGCGCCAGAAUGGACGCGCACGUACUCAAGACUCUGCUUCAGAUUCAUCUAGCCUCGGAUGCGAGUGCUACACUCCAUGUUCCCUAUAUUUUGGCUACGCUGAAGCCCGAACAUCUGGCUCCCUCGUCACAUCUACCGAAAUGGACGAAUCGCAUACACUCCCUGCUGCAUUCCAAGGAGCCUGGGGGACGAUGGGCAGGGCUUUCCCUUGCUAUGGCGUCUGCGAGACUGUCAAGGAGCCUUAUGAUUGAUUGCGCACAAGAUUGGCUCUCUGUGACCUUCGCACUGCUCUCGAGGAACGAAACAUUGCCCGUCAACAAGGCCGCGAUUAGGCUCACCUAUACUAUCUUCUCUGCCGCGACGGACGUGCCUGAAUUUCAGAGGCAAAUAUCCACCCCCAACGUGCCAAAGUUCGCGACCGCUAUUAUCCCCCUCGUCGAGAAGUAUACCGAUGUAGAGUUGAAGACGCUAUGCUUGCAAACUCUGUCACGACUCAUCCCUCUCUACCCCACGCUUCUCCGGCCAUCCAGCGGCGCCCUCAAUAAAUUGACUCUGAACCUGCUCAGCGGCCAAUACCCUUCACCAACCCCUCCCAGAAUCCUUGAAGCAGCAUCAGGCUUGUACUGCUGUCUUCACCUGACUGGUGGGAAGGUCGGGGCGGCCACUGCCUGGCGGAAAACCCUCGACGAUACCCUUGCCUUCGGUUGGUCUGCGUUCCAUGGUUUGCGGUCAACGUUUACGCCAGGAGCAGCGCAACCUGCCGAUCCUGCCGCCGCCGUCGCACUCGACAAAGAUCGCCUCCACUGUGCAGUAUACAUACUGUGCGAUCUUCUAAGCGCUCAUACACCUCGAGCCGUGCAAGUUCCCCUGGGACCCUUGAACGCCUUCGCUGUCGCGUUGCUGAACGCGGGCGACGCCGAUGCUUCCGUGGCGGUUCUGGACGUCAACGCGCGAGCGAUGCAAUUGUCGGCAAACGCAUUCAUCGUCGGUCAGGGAUGCGAACUCUUGCAAAAGCUAAUUGUAUCCCUUCCGCACCAUGUAUCGCCUCAUCUCUCGCACUGGCUCACGUCAUUGGCAUAUCUUCUGGAGGAGCCUCAGCCCGUUGCCCUCCGCGCCCAAGUCCUUCACACCAUUGCCUGCAUCCUCGAGCGCCACCCCUCCUUCCACGCGCCCCUCAUCAUCAACCGCCUCGCCCGCGCCUCGAUCCCCCAACUCGCAGUCCUCAUCUCCCGCGACGCCCUCACCGACUCUUCCUCUCAAGCCCCCUCCGCCACCCCUUCAACCACCUCCAAAAAGGGCAAAAAGCGCGCCCGCGGCUUCGAAGGCGACGAAUCCCUCCGCCUCACGCGCACCGUGAUCUGCCCCACUUCUGACGACGUCGACGCGCUCCUCCAUGCACUCGAUGUCGUGCGGUAUUUGCUGAGGGCCGCGGAGUUGGCGCCGAUGCUGCGGUCGAUAGCGAGCCGGGUGCUGUUGUCGGUGCAUUUGGCGCUGCCGGGGAUGGCGCCGGGGGCCGUGGCGGGGGAUUUGGCGGUGUAUGGGAAGGUGUUGGCGAAGGUGCAGGCGGCGGUGGUGGAAGUGGGCGCGGGGUCGAGUUGUGCGAUGGGGAAGGGGCUGCCGUUGGCGAUGAAGGGGGUUCUGGCGGGGGUCAAUGAGGACGCCUUCCGCACCCUCGACCUACUCCUGCACCCGCGUCUGCCGCCCUUGGUGCGCCCGCUCCCACACGUGGACGCGCUCGCCCUCUUCGCCGGCGAGGAAAGUGCAGAAGAAAAACGCACGCGGCUCGAUUUGGGCUUCUCGAUGCCCACGGACGCCCCUACUGCGCCCUCGAACGAGGCGAACGAGGCGAACGCUAUGGACCAAGACCAGCUGCAGGACCCAGCGCCUACAAUUGCGCCGGCAGCCAGCGCCGCUUCGUCGAUCUUCUCGCAGCCACCGACUCUCAAAACUUACCCCUCUGCCCCGCCAAUCGCGACGAUGCCGCCGCCCACUCCCGCACCAGCGGCUGCCGAAUCGGUGUACACGCCAGCACCUUCGACCGCGGCCGCUUCGUCCACAACGACUGUCCCGGUCGCCCCUGCGCCGCCCAAAGCACCCUUGGGCACGAUCACCGGUACCUCAAGCAUGAGAGUGGAAACUCAGACCGAGGCUGUGUCAAUGGUUGUGGACGACGAGGACGACGAGGAGAUGCCGGCAAUCGACAUGAGCUCAGACUCGGAAGGGGAGUAGUUCGACGUCGGAUAUUUUUGCUGUAUCUGGUCGGCAUGCGUAGAUGUAGCUUCUUGGGUUCUUAUGCGCGUAUCAGUAUAGGGCUCCGUAUAUAAACUAGGAUUUGCCGAAAGGCCGGCAGUACUACUUGCGCG